UGACCAUAUUUGAGCUGCAGCCCCGGCUGGCCGGGCACCACGUGACCCGCAGGGAGGUAGCUGCUCAAGGCCACUUUCAAAUCUCAUUGGUUUAGUUGUCAUGUGGUUGUGCAGAGGCAUCCACAAUUACACAGGGAAUGUUUUCCUAGAGAUGUCAGCCUACAAAGGACACAAUCUCUCUUCUUCAAAUUCCUCCCCAAAAUGUCCUUUCCAAACAGCUCUCCUGCUGCAAAUACUUUUUUAGUAGAUUCCUUGAUCAGUGCCUGUAGAAGUGACAGUUUCUAUUCUAACAACGCCAGCAUGUACAUGCCAUCUAGCUCAGACAUUGGGACUUAUGGAAUGCAAACCUGUGGACUGCUACCAUCUCUGGCAAAAAGAGAAGUCAGUCACCAAAAUAUGGGUAUGAAUGUACAUCCCUAUAUACCUCAAGUAGACACCUGGACAGAUCCGAACAGGUCUUGUCGAAUAGAGCAACCUGUUACACAACAAAUAUCCAAUUGUUCAUUCCCUACAAACAUAAAGGAAGAAACAAAUUGCUGUAUGUAUUCUGAUAAGAGAUCAAAAGUCAUUUCUGCAGAGGUGCCAUCCUACCAGAGGCUGGUUUCUGAGAACUGUCCUGUUGAUAACUCUGAGGUUCCUGUCCCUGGAUAUUUUAGGCUGAGCCAGACCUACGCCAGUGGGAAACCCCAAGAGUACAAUAAUAACCCAGAAACCAGUUCAAGCCUUAUGUUACAGUUAAAUCCUCGCGGCACUUCCAAACCGCAGAUAUCCUCUCAACUCCAAAUGGAAAAGAAAAUGAAUGAAAAUCCAACCAACAACCAAGAUACAUCGAAAGUAUCUCAAGCAGAAAGUCCUGAGUCCAAAUCCACAUUGCAGGAGGACAGGAGCUGUUUAGCUGAGGUGUCUGUGUCCAGUCCAGAAGUGCAGGAGAAGGAGACUAAAGAGGAAAUCAAGUCUGAUACCCCAACAAGCAAUUGGUUAACUGCAAAAAGUGGGAGAAAGAAGAGGUGUCCUUAUACUAAGCAUCAAACACUGGAAUUAGAGAAGGAAUUCUUGUUCAAUAUGUAUCUAACUCGCGAGCGCCGUCUAGAGAUCAGUAAGAGUGUGAACCUCACUGACAGGCAGGUCAAGAUUUGGUUUCAGAAUCGCAGAAUGAAACUGAAGAAGAUGAGUAGAGAAAACCGAAUCCGUGAACUGACCGCUAAUCUGACUUUUUCUUAAACUCACACAAAUGAUAUGAAACAUUUGACAGUGCAUCAGCAGUUGCUAAAUGCAGGAGAGACUUUGAAACCAUUUCAGAACCAUUUUUUUUCUGUGAUAUAGAAUGUGAUUCCUCGUCAUUUUUUAGUGCUGCAAGUGUCUAUAUGUAUUUCAUGGGUAUAUAAAUAAUAAUAAAAUCUAGCACAUGUAAUUUAUUAUUAUUAUUAUUAUUUUCACCGUAUGGCAGGGUAAAUAUGAUGAUGUUUAUCAUUUGGUCUUAAUUUAUUGGGACUGUUCAAAAAUAUCCAGACAAUGUGACUUUUUUCAUGUUUUUACUAAAAUGAUAUUUCUGUGUGCUAAUUCAUGGACCUUGGCAUUUUAACCUUCAUGGGAACUCAAACUUUUUUGGGGAAAAAAAGCACAUUUUCUGUAAAUGUCUGCUCAAAUUAACUGCGAAUAUGUUUGUCCUAGUGUAGUUUAUUUGGCUCGUAUUCAUAAUACACUUAUCCUUGUGAUAUGUGAUAAUAGUCAUGAGACAAAAAAAUGUCCCUUCUGUGCAUGUCUUAUUCGCAUGUAUAAUGCAAUAAAAUGUGUAAAAUAUA